AAAAUGAUCUAUAUUCACAUCUGGAUCUUAAUAUUCAUCUUCCUUCCAACAAGUAUAUUGUGUGCAGAGCUAUGUGGAGAUAAAAGGACAGUUAUUGGAGCAGUGGGGGGAGAUGUAAUUCUACCUUUGAAGCAGACUAGGAUUAAAGACGUCAGUUGGGUGAAUGUUAAUGGUGGGACCCAUUUUGCUACAACAAAACCAGGUGGAGAUAUAGAUGUUCGAGAUAACCGGUAUGAAGGCAGACUGGAUGGAACGGCUGAUGGGUCUUUGCGCUUUACUAAACUAACCAGAGAAGACCAGGGAGAUUACAGAGCGAAUAUACGCACAGACCCAGGAAACAAACAGUGUGAACAACAGUACGAUCUCCGAGUGUUCAGUAUAUUGUGUGCAGAGCUAUGUGGAGAUAAAAGGACAGUUAUUGGCGCAGUGGGAGGAGAUGUCAUUCUACCUUUGAAGCAGACUAGGAUUAAAGAUGUCAGUUGGGUGAAUGUUAAUGGUGGGACCCAUUUUGCGACAACAAAACCAGGUGGAGAUAUACAAAUUCGAGAUAACCGGUAUGAAGGCAGACUGUAUGGAACGGCUGAUGGGUCUUUGCGCUUUACUAAACUAACCAGAGAAGACCAUGGAGAUUACAUAGCGAAUAUACUCACAGACCCAGGAAACAAACAGUGUGAACAACAGUACGAUCUCCGAGUGUUCAGAAAAUUGCUGUCUGAAGAUAUUGAGAUUCUCCCCACUGUUACCAGAAAUGGAACCUGUGGAGUCAUUUUAUUUUGUACGGUAAAUGGAUCUGGUGUGAAUAUUACCUGGAGCAGGUCAGACAGCACUGAAAUAAAUGUGAUUAAUGGAUUACUGCAUGUAACAGAUAUAAAUAACAUCUUCACGUGUACUGCACAGAACCCAGUCAGUACCGUCUCCAGAACUGUGAUCCCAAUGAGCUACUGCCAGGAAGCUCUACAGACGAUGUCUACCCGCGGGAAUUCUCUCCUUUAUGGAGUUUUUAUUGCUAAGGGUUUUGCAGUUCUGAUUGUUGGACUUUUCCUCUGCAUCAAUUUACUCCUAACCAGAAAACAAGGGACAUGAUUUAAUCUGGAGAGUAAGCUGCUUCCUACACUACUGCCAUGUCCUACCCUGUGACAUCAUUGAGAAGAAACUAGAAAAAAAAA